UAUACUGACAGCUCCAUGACGCUGAUAUGUGGUCCCAUUCCUGCCAGCAUUAAUCUGGGCAACAUCACGGACACCAAGUGGAAUCUGAACGGACAGGAUAUCAAAGAGAACGGAAGAUUUCAAAUAGCUACAUCUGAUCGACAGUCUGACUUAACAAUUGGGAACGUAAUUCUGGCGGAUGCUGGGUUAUAUGAAUGCAAUCUGAUGAGCAGAGUUAUGACUUUUGUACAAAAUGGAAGAGCUAACAUCAACCAAGCUCCAAAUAUUCGACUCGCGGGUCAAGUCAACGUGAAAUGUUCAGAGGAAGCGACGCAGCCCAUUCAGUGCUGUGUGCAGUCCAAAUAUGUCGUGCACUGGUUCCAGGACAACACGCAGUUAAGUUCCGACAUCAGUACUGAAGGGGGAAGCUACUGCAUCACGCACAGACAACGAAUAACCGGCUGCAGCGCUUCCACGACACAAUCGUUACGUUUUGUAUGUCGAGUGGAAACACCAAGCGGCUUUGAGAAGACCCUAACCAUGAUCAUUUUUACUGACGAUGUUUUAUGUAACAACAAUGUGUACGGGAGCGGGCGACUCGGCGACUUGUCAACUGCAGCGUGCGAUGCUGGCCAGGAGGGCAGCCGGACCGCACGAUGCAGCAGCACGGGACUGUGGCGUCUUCAGGAAGACAACUGCAUCGUAGCACAGAUCAAGGACUUGCUCGUCAUUUCCGAGGAUUUGAUUGAAGAGGAUGUGCCACAAUUUGCUGCAAAUCUUAGUCAGGUUGUCCAGGAGGAAAAAGAAGACAUUUCCAAUUCAUCUGCAACCAUCUCAGCCAUCGUUGGCCUCCUGAGCACAGUUGCACAUCUUUCCCAAGAAGUGAAUCAAGAUGUGAUGGAGAAUGUGCUGGAAACAGUCGAAGUAAUCAUUGGUGACGACGCCAGAGAGUCCUGGGAAAUUCUGAGAGAGAACGUCACCCGCAAUGCGAGCUCACAAUUACUGGAUUCGAUGGAGAUUCUCUCCGACAGAUUGGUAGGAGAGUUCCUCAUCAGAACUGAGUCCAUUCUGCUCAAUAGAACAUCGUUCAAUGACUCCUUCUUGGCGGACUUCAACUCCAGCGUUGUCAUUGACAUUUCUAGCACCGACUUAAACAACGUGUCCAUCACCACCGUUGUCUUCUCCACUCUUGAUAAUGUCCUUCUUCCUCGGAACUCCAGCUUUAAUGGCACCCUCGCCCAAACCACAGAAACGUCUGUUGAAUUUAAUGACACCAUUAAUGCUGAGGUGAUGCUUGUCAGAGUGAGUGCAGAAAUUCAAAAUGUUACUCUAAGCUUCCAAAAACUGAACAACUCCUUGGAAAAUAACCCGCAGUGCGUCUUCUGGAACUUUACCUUUUUUGAUAACUUGGGUGCCUGGGAUGAUGAGGGUUGCAUUUUAAUUUCCGAUGUCAACAACACUGUGACUUGCAACUGCAACCACCUCACCUCAUUCUCCAUCUUGAUGGCAACUGAUAUCCCGGAAUCAAUCCGAGUUGCUCUGGACGUCAUCACAUAUGUUGGAGUUGGAAUAUCUCUGGCAAGUCUUGUCAUAUGUCUCAUCAUUGAAGCAUAUGUUUGGAAAGCCAUGACCAGGAACAGCACUGCCUUUAUGCGCCAUGUUUCCAUUGUCAACACUGCCCUGUCUUUGUUGAUUGCUGACAUUUGCUUCAUUAUUGCUGCCUCCUUUGCCAAGAACCCACUUGAAAAUCCAGGAGAGGAUCAUCAGGUUCCUUUGGAACCGUGUAGCACUGCAACAUUUUUUAUGCACUUUUUCUACCUGGCUUUAUUCUUUUGGAUGCUGGUGUCAGGACUUCUCCUCUUCUACCGGACCGUCAUGGUCUUCUCCCACAUGUCAAAGUCAGUCAUGUUGGCCAUUGGCUUUCUGCUUGGCUAUGUGUGCCCUCUUAUAAUAGCUGUCACCACUGUUGCUGUCACAGCACCGGGGAAAGGAUAUAUCAGAGAAAACGAUGCAUGCUGGCUGAACUGGGUCAAGACCAAGGCCCUGCUGGCCUUAGUGAUACCGGCUCUGAUCAUCGUUGUCAUAAACAUUCUGAUUGUAAUCGUGGUCUUGUUCAAAAUGCUGAGAAGAGGUGUGAGGGAAGCAAACGCCACAGAUGAAAAGCACACGCUGGUUGUCAUUGCCAGAUGUGUGAUCAUUCUGACUCCUCUCUUUGGGUUGACCUGGUCUUUGGGGGUGGGGACCAUGAUCUCACCCACAAAUGAGGGGCUCCAUAUUGCAUUUGCCUUCUUCAACUCACUGCAGGGAUUCUUCAUUUUAGUCUUUGGGACACUGUGGGAUUCAAAGAUCCGAGCCAUCCUCUCCAGAAAGCUGCCGAUUUCAGGCAGCGGCUCCAGCUCCAAUCAAACUGCCAGUACAAGUCGUGGCGUUUCUUCUAUGGCUGGACUAAAAUGGAUCAGCAGACUCCAACGAAGAUAUAUUUACCAUGUGUCAGAAGUUGCAAACUCAAGCAGCUCCAGCGGCUCCCAGUCCUACUCCAACACUUAAAUGCAACCAACUCUGACUCACUGAACUACAUUUACAUUUAGCAAAGUCCACAAUACCAGUGUCUCAACUACAUUUAUAUUUAGUAAAGUCCACAAUACCAGUGUCUUAACUACAUUUAUAAUUAGUAAAGUCCACAAUACCAGUGUCUCAACUACAUUUAUAUUUAGUAAAGUCCACAAUACCAGUGUCUCAACUACAUUUAUAUUUAGUAAAGUCCACAAUACCAGUGUCUUAACUACAUUUACAUUUAGUAAAUUCCACAAUAAUGUCCACAAUACGAGUGUCUAAACUACAUUUACAUUUAGUAAAGUCCACAAUACCAGUGCCUCAACUACAUUUACAUUUAGUAAAGUCCACAAUACCAGUAUCUCAACUACAUUUACAUUUAGUAAAGUCCACAAUACCAGUGUCUCAACUACAUUUACAUUUAGUAAAGUCCACAAUACCAGUGUCUUAACUACAUUUACAUUUAGUAAAUUCCACAAUAAUGUCCACAAUACAAGUGUCUAAACUACAUUUACAUUUAGUAAAGUCCACAAUACCAGUGUCUCAACUACAUUUACAUUUAGUAAAGUCCACAAUACCAGUAUCUCAACUACAUUUACAUUUAGUAAAGUCCACAAUACCAAUGUCUCAACUACAUUUACAUUUAAUAAAGUCCACAAUACCAGUAUCUCAACUACAUUUACAUUUAGUAAAGUCCACAAUACCAAUGUCUCAACUACAUUUACAUUUAGUAAAGUCCACAAUACCAGUGUCUCAACUACAUUUAUAUUUAGUAAAGUCCACAAUACCAGUGUCUCAACUACAUUUACACACAGUAAAGUCCACAAUACCAGUGUCUUAUCUACAUUUACAUUUAGUAUAAAGUCCACAAUACCAGUGUUUCAACUAAAUUUACAUUUAUUAAAAUCCACAAUACUAGUGUCUCAACUUCAUUUACAUUUGGUAAAGCCCACAAUACCAGUAUCUCAACUACAUUUACAUUUAGUAAAGUCCACAAUACCAGUGUCUCAACUACAUUUACAUUUAGUAUAAAGUCCACAAUACCAAUGUCUCAACUACAUUUACAUUUAGUAAAGUCCACAAUACCAAUGUCUCAAAUACAUUUAUAUUUAGUAAAGUCCACAAUACCAGUGUCUCAACUACAUUUACACAUAGUAAAGUGCACAAUACCAGUGUCUUAUCUACAUUUACAUUGAAUAAAGUCCACAAUACCAGUGUCGCAACUACUUUUACAUUAAGCAAAGUCUACAAUACCAGUGUCUCAACUACAUUUGAAUUUAGUAAAGUCCACAAUAAAGUUCACAAUACCAGUG